AUGUCGGCCUCUAUACAGCGCAUCGCAGCAGCAGCAGUGCAUGCAGUAGGUGAAGCCAACCUCGCUCUAGCACAUGUGAAUUUCGAUUUUUCCCUGGUCAAGUACGAAGUUCCCGCCGAGCUGCAGCCCAUCGAGCAACGUCUCUCCAAGGCCCGGAAACAGUCAGCUGAGGAAGGGUCAUUCCACAUUCUGGCUCGAAGGCUAGGCGUGCUAUUUCAGGAUGUCCUCCCCGAGGUACCUGCGCUGCUGGAGGCGUAUGGCACCCGAGUGACCGAAAUCGUGCAGGAAACGACGGAUACAAUGGAUCAGCCAAAGGGUCUCGCAGAAACCUUCUUUGGAUCACAUUUGGGAAUUGAUUACACGACGAUCUGGGCCAGUGCAACGAGUGGUAGGCCUGUGCUUCGAAUGCAUCUUUUAGCGUGCAUGCUAGCUCGGAUCUGGUCACCGCAGGAAGCGACGGCCAUCUGGGCCGAGCUAGUCAGUCAUCGACAGAUGGAGAUCAAACAGCAGGCGGCCAUGUCGGGAGACAUCGCGGGUUAUACUUUGGCGCAGGCAGCGGCAUCCCACGAGAUCAGCCGCUCAUCGCUGAGCAGUUGGGACUCCAGUGCUCGUGCUUGGCUUGAAGUGGCCGAUAGAGCCUGUGUCCGACAGCAAGAUCAAAUUAGGUUGAUCGUGAAUAAUCUGUCGGUGGCCGUCAAGGCUGCCGGGAGUCAUCAAGGCCGGACUGCAUCCAGCAAGGAGAAUUCUUAUGAUAGCGUGAUCCAGAACCUCAGCUGCGCUUUGACUGCUCUUGACAAGUUAAUCAGGGGAGAGCCUCAACGGAUCAUUGACGGUGGAGUUCUUCUUGGCCUUACUUGCUGGCAUAUUUACCCAGACCUAGUAGUCCUGGGCUCAAUUACGCGAGAGAUUCGCCAGAAGGAUCCGUUAGUCCAAGACGGGGGGAUCGUCACCAUAUCCAUCGCUCCCCGUUCCGAUUCAGACCAGUCUAGGUCUCCAAACGGAGUCUACUGGUCCCUGCCCCUGGCCAGUCUUCGAUACUAUGGAACUGUCCAGCGGGAGCGCUCAACCAUGCAUGACUCUAGGUUGACCAUAGCACAGCUACAGGCGCUGGUCCUGGGGGCUUCCUUGGAUUCGCUUGCGCAUGCAUCAAUUGCCGGGAAAUUCUUCAAGCUAUUAUGGGCCAUGUUUUACAGUCGCUAUCAGGUGCAACUGCGAGAGAGCAAGGGCGACGCGCUGCCAUUAUCCGACAAAUUUUCGGAUACAAUGGAUGGGAGCGUCCUCGGUUUCAAACAAAACAUGAAGGUCUUGCAGCUGAUAUAUGUCUUCAUGGACGGAAUAGACCUUUUAUCCUCAGAGGACGAAACCCAAAGAAAAGUUGCCCUUCAGCUCCUGAAGUAUGGAGCCAACUACGGAAAAUCGUGGAUCGGAGCUGAAGGCAAUUCAACGCAAUCAUUCUUCGGAUUAGCAAAUCUGCCCUCUAUUCUCCAUAUGGUCAGCAGCCUGGAGGUCCGGGUAGAAAUUCUGCGAAGGAUGUGUUUAGAAUACUCUCUGGAUGGUGCUCAUCACAUCAUUCGUCUUCGUACAGCAGAGGAUGGCUGGGUAUACGUAUCCAUCAAGGCGACAGCGAACCCGGACAUCACUCGGAGCGGUGCGAAACGAAAGCGUAGCGAAUACGAAGGAGAGACGCCAGGUAUCGACCAGCAACUUCACGUUCCGGACGGUGAGAGCUGGAUCUGCUUCCCUCCCUCGGGAGACCUGAGUAGCGGCCAACACGGCGUGGCCCUUGAGGAGCUCUAUGCCAAUGUGGAACAACUUGCUGAAUCGCAACCGUACGGACAAGCAGCAGAAGAGCCUCGAGCAAGUCAGAGUGACUUAAGGGAGCCCCUUCUGAGUGAUGCUAUCUUCUACGAAUUAUUGGACGGCAAUCCGGAAUUUGGUCGGUAUGUGUACUUUGACUUUGUUAUGGGCGUGCACAAUCUAGCGGCGGUGUACUCCAGACGGCCAGAGGGCGAAAUGCGAUUGCAGCGAAAGACGCCAACCACCGUUCCUCUAGACUUCAUUCACAGCUUGCUGGAGAGGAAUCUUAUACGUGCGGACAUUGCAGCUCGUUGUCUUUAUGACUACUUCGACACAGAGCGAACCUCUCAUGGUUAUUCUUUACUCACGCUUGGGAGAAUCAUGGACUACUACAAGCGGCAUCUACCACGGGCUACCAUCUCAAUCAACGUCAUCAAGAAGCCGUUAAAUUCAUGGAAGUGGACGGCUUCGCUCGUCUCCGAACUUGAAUUCCUGCCAAUAGCGGCGUAUCAACAAGCUCGUGAUGGCCACGUCCAAGACACAAUCUACCCGAGUCCUUUGUCCCGCGAGCAUGCGUUCGCAGCGAUCUUGCAGCUCGAGUCUGGCACAGUCAACGUCGACAGUACAGACCUUACCCGCGUAAUGGCAAUCUCGAGUGGGAACUCCCUUUUCAUUGCCAAACGACUUCUUCAGGACCCCAUUCCUUCGACUGAGAUGGCUUCAUGCGCCGUGGCCCACGUGGUCGGCAAUGUAGGUAAGCCCGGUAUCUCAUUGUUAACUGCACCACUCGAGCUGGAAAUCCGAAAGCAUGAUCUUGAGCGAUGGCGUUUCAUCAAUCACUAUCCCUUUGAUGGGGACCCGUCCGGCGGGAGAUUCGAAGGCACAUCCAUCCAUCUGUCGUUUACAGGUUUCGAAGCCCCGGUCACACUUGCAUCCUCCAGUUAUCGUGAGAUGGAGGCGUACUACCUGGAGACAAAAGUAGCCAUGAAUGACGAGGGAGAAUGGGUCGCUGAUCUUGAUAUAUUGCGAGGCUUAGCGGGCCCGCGGCUUGAGGUUCGAGGACUGGAGGGAAAUCCUGGAGCCGCCAAACCAAAUUUUGGUGUUACGUUCCGGUGGCUCAUGGAUGGCGCGAUUGGCCGCUGUGAGUAUCGCAUAUUCCAGGGGGUAUAG